AUGGCCGCAGUUACAAUGAAACAGUGGACUAUAGCCCAUCCAGACAAGGACUUCAGUGGCAUGAGCUUGGUGGAAGCGCCUCUUCCUAAGGUUGGCAACCACGAAGUGAUGGUAAAAGUCCAAGCAGCAGCUCUCAAUUACCGGGACUGCGCUAUAGCCAAGGGAACAUUUCCCUUUGCCCAUAGAUAUCCUAUCGUCCCCGUUUCAGACGGAGCCGGGGUGGUCGUCGAAGUUGGCUCCCAAGUGAAAGAAUUUAAAAAAGGCGAUAAUGUGAUAACCGUCUUCAACCAAGGACAUCAGUACGGCGACAUCGAUCCCUAUGCUGCGUCAACCGGAGUAGGCGGGACUAUUGACGGCGUCUUUCGCCAGUAUGGAGUAUAUGACGAGUCAGGAUUGGUGCAAGCACCCAAAAAUUUGAGUGCUCUGGAGAGUAGCACCCUUCCAGGGGCGGCACUCACAAGCUGGAAUGCUUUAUACGGCCUCAGACCCCUUAAACCAGGACAGUAUGUGUUAGUCCAGGGGACGGGGGGUGUCAGUGUCUUUGGGCUGCAGUUAGCUAAAGCCGCAGGUGCAACUGUUAUCGCCACAACUUCUUCAGAGGAAAAGUCGAAGAAAUUGAAGGAGCUAGGCGCUGACCACGUCAUCAACUACCGGAAUGUUCCAGAUUGGGGUGAAUUGGCUCGUCAACUCACCCCAGGCCAAUCUGGAGUUGACUACAUUUUGGACAUCGGAGGCACAGACACACUUGAGCAAAGCCUUAAGUGUAUUAAGAUGGAUGGUAUUAUUAAUCUGAUUGGCUUCCUAGGCUCAAGUGAUAAGCCUCAGCCCGGACUUAUGCUCGCGUUGGUCAACAUCUGUACAGUCAGAGGUAUCUACGUCGGUAGCCGUGCCAUGCUCAAAGACAUGGUUCGUGCUUUUGAGGCGAACGAGAUUCAUCCUGUGCUUGACCAAAAAAUCUUUGAUCUCGAACAGGGUAAACAAGCUUUUGAGUACUUGGCAGCUCAAAGGCAUUUCGCCAUUCUAGGUUAUUACGGAUGA